UCGAAGAAGUGGAGGCGCCUUGUUCGCUAAAUCAAACUCGGCUAACUUCGGCUACGUAACAGAUACAAUUUAGGCAGCUUUUAGCUAGCUAGUUAGUUAAGAAUGCGUCAUUAUAGCUUGCUAGAUUAGCUGUAUCAAAACCUCAAACGUCACUGAUAGCAGAGACCAUACAGGGACAUUUCAGUGAAGAUGGCCACUGCAAGCAAGACCCCUCCUGGUGCCGACCCAAAGCAGCUGGAGCGCACGGGCACCGUGCGGGAGAUCGGGUCUCAGGCAGUGUGGUCCCUGUCUUCCUGCAAGCCCGGUUUUGGGGUGGACCAGCUGAGAGACGACAACCUGGAGACCUACUGGCAGUCAGAUGGCUCGCAGCCGCACCUUGUCAACAUUCAGUUCAGAAGAAAAACAACUGUGAAGAUGCUCUGCAUUUAUGCGGAUUACAAGUCGGACGAGAGCUACACACCCAGCAAGAUUUCUGUUCGAGUGGGAAACAACUUUCAUAACUUACAGGAAAUCCGACAGCUGGAGAUGGUGGAGCCCAGCGGCUGGAUCCACAUCCCCCUGCUGGACCUGGUCAACAGCCCCAUCCGCACCUUCAUGAUCCAGAUCGCCGUGCUGGCCAACCACCAGAACGGGCGCGACACGCACAUGCGCCAGAUCAAGGUCUACACGCCCGUGGAGGAGAGCUCCAUCGGCAAGUUCCCCCGCUGCACCACCGUGGACUUCAUGAUGUACCGCACCAUCAGAUGACGCCCGGGCCGGCUCUGAGCUCGCCGCCCUCCCGCUGCCGAACGCGCGUCCACUUCGUUUGUGCCGGACCCGCUCCGUGACCGAUGAAAUUAGAAGGGGAGACUGACGCCGAGGACGCGGUCCUCCCACGUGCCUGCAUUUAUCUCCGCUGUAAAA